CAAAGGGAGACUACCUACACUAGAGAACAUCUGAAGGAAAAUGGUGUAAACAAAUCAACGAAAAAUGGGAAAUGAAGUUUUGUUUUACGUACCAAAUAUAAUUGGCUAUGUGCGCAUUUUGCUACUGGUUGCGAGUUUAUUCUACUAUGAUAAACCACUCUACUUCUUGAUUUUGUAUGGUGUAUCAGUGGCAUUAGAUGCUUUGGAUGGAAUACUAGCUAGAAAAUUGAAUCAAACUUCUGUAUUUGGUGCAUGGUUUGAUGUUUUAAUUGACCUGGUCAGCAGAGGGGCAUUGUGGUGCUUCAUAUCAAAAUGGGGAUAUUUUGUAAUGAUGAUUGAAUGGCUUACCUUUGUGUGUACACACUCAAGAGGGUCUAAUUGGAAAAUUCCUGAUGAGGAGUUCCCAUCUAUUUGUAAGCUGGUGAUGGCCAAAGGUUUUAAAACACCAGUUGGAGCAUAUGCAAUAACAGGCAUCUUUGUACUACCGCUGUGGAUUUAUGGAAUGAUGUCAGGAUUUUUGCUUGGUUAUCUAAGUGUACCAGUGUCUGCUCAAUAUUGUGUUCUGAUAUUACUGAUUGGAGGGAGACUGUUGGCUUUGACAACAGAGGUAACAUUCAUAUUUUUUUUUCACCUUUUUC